UUUGAGUAACUUUACAAAAGAGUUAACCAAUUUAUAUCUUCUGUUUUAGAUAUUAAGCAAGAUCACCAAUGAAAGUAACAUAACAUUUAAUUAUUCUCUGAUGCAUUUGAACACAAACAUUCAUAGUAAUGAAACAGAUACUAUCAUUGUGAUAUGUAUAACGAAAUUAUUCUCUCAUAAUGAAUAAUUCAACUAAAGCAAAAAUCAAUGAUAAAAGAGAGAAGCCAUAUCACUGUGAUAUCUGUGGUAAGUCAUUCUCUCAAAGUUGUAAUCUAAGGCACAGACGUGUUCAUACAGGAGAGAAACCAUAUCAGUGUGAUAUCUGUGGUAAAUCAUUUUCUGACAAUAGCACUUUGACACAUCACAAAAUUAUUCAUACUGGGAAAAAGCCGCAUCAGUGUGAUAUCUGUGGUAAAUCAUUCUCUCAAAUUAGUCACUUGACUCAACACAAAUGUGGUCAUACAGGAGAGAAGCCAUUCCAUUGUGAUAUCUGUGGUAAAUCAUUCUCCAGAAGUAAUCAUUUGUCUGGUCACAGACGUAUUCAUACUGGGGAAAAACCAUAUCAUUGUGAUAUCUGUGGUAAAUCAUUCUCCAGAAGUAAUCAUUUGUCUGUUCACAAACGUAUACAUACUCGGGAAAAAACCAUAUCACUGUGAUAUCUCUGGUAAGUCAUUUUCUGAUAAUAGCAAUUUAAUCAGUCACAAACGUAUUCAUACAGGUGAAAAACCAUAACGUUGUGAUAUUUGUGGUGAGUCAUUCUCUCAAAUACGCCAAUUAAGUACACAUCUGAGUAUUCAUACACAGGUGUAAUCGUAUCAAUAUCAAAAUUUAUUACAACCCGGCAGGACAAGUGAGACCACAACCCAUGGCCUCUACCUGGGAUGUAGCCAGUCCACUUAUGCAUACCUUAUCUUCUUGUGACACAAAACUCUACUUGUGA